AUGGAUAAGAAGCCUGUGAACGCCUUUUCAAGUUGCUCUAACACAACUUUUUAUCGUAGAAUACGACGAGUUGAAGAUGAUAUACAGAGAGAAGUGCAAGCAGUUAUGUCAUUACAAGCUGCACGGGAGAUGAUAAGUACUGGACCUACCGCACAAGAUGUGCAUUCUUCGCGCCAUGCCGUGCAGGAACCUUUAACGCACGCAAUAUCCCCUAAUGGUGGAGUCAUUCAUCACAAAUAUGAAUCGGAUGUGCCUUGUGCUUCCUCUUUAUUAAAUAUACCCCGUCCAACCAAUUUCUUGCGUCCAGCGGAAUCGGUUACCUUAGAGGAAAUUCUGCGUGACGUGGCUCUGGACGGAAACUUCACUUUGACCCAGAUUAACAUCCUUUUGCGCAAUCUUCGGCGCCUAUAUCCUAACUUACCGGUUGACGCUCGUAGCAUUUUGAAAACACCCCGUCGGUGUCCAGUGAGAUUAAUCAGAGGUGGCAGUUACAUCCAUAUGGGUUUGCAGGACGCCAUACGUGACGUGUUGCGCAGAACGCAUUCACCCCGUCCGUCAUUGCUAAAGUUGCAGAUCCAUAUAGACGGAAUGACCGUGUUCAAAAGCUCGCGCAGACAACUGUGGCCAGUACUUGGAAGGCUGAUAAAUCCGCCAAGCGAUGUGUUUUUAAUUGGUCUUUACAGUGGAUUAUCAAAACCUAUUAAUGUGCAUGAGUUCCUGCGGCCAGUGGUGGAUGAAUUGAAGGAUGUGUUACGCAAAGGUGUCUGCUUGUGUGAUAAUGAUGAUGCUAUAGAUAUCGUGCUGGACUGCGUGAUAGCCGAUGCACCUGCACGAGCAUAUGUUCGGCAGGUGAAACAACAUUCCGGAUAUUUCGCCUGCGAGAAAUGCACAAUAACUGGUUCGCACGUUGAUGGUAGAAUGACCUUCCCUACCGAACCCCAAAGCUCAUUACGUAAUGACAUGGAUUUUAGAACACGAAAACAACCGGAACAUCACAUCGGCGAAUCACCUUUUGAGGCUCUACGGAUUGAUAUGAUAAGUUGUUUCCCACUUGAUUACAUGCACACCUUGUGUCUGGGAGUAACACGGAAGUUAAUAAUGCUUUGGCGUUGCGGCCCAACACGUGGAAACAUACGAUUGCCAUCAAAAUCCAUCGACAUUAUCAAUGAACGACUUCGCAUUUGUUCGGCUAACCUGACGUGCGAGUUUCCGCGCAAAUGUCGCACGUUUGAGGACGUGGAACGUUGGAAGGCCACGGAAUUCAGACAGUUUCUUUUAUACCUGGGCCCCGUAGUUUUGCGCGGCGUGUUGCCCGAAGACCUGUACAAUAAUUUCGUUAUGUUAUCCGUCGCCGCAUACAUUCUGUGCUGCCGUAGGUGGUGUUCACAUUACCUUUCGCAUGCGAAAUCAGUAUUGAAUAAGGUGGUGCGUGACAUCGCGAAGCUGUACGGUGAGAAGGAGGUGGUCUUCAACGUGCACUGUUUAGUGCAUAUGUGCCAGGAUGUCGGGCGCCUCGGACCCAUGGAUAAUUUUUCCGCAUUUCCCUUCGAAUCGUUUCUACGACGGCUUCGAAAGCUCAUAAAUGGCCCGACGUCUGCGACGUCGCAAAUUUUUCGUCGCGUAACGGAGCGAAGGUUAACCAAUGUCACAGAUGAUGGCGGUUGUUUGGACGACACUGGAUCCACCGUAAUUAUGCGUCGUGGUCGGCAACAAACCAGUUUCUUACAUUUCGGUGCGCUGAUUACGAAUGCGCAUCCAAAUAAUGCUGUCAUCGCACGUGGAAGACCUUCGGUAGUGCUGGGCCAGCGUGCUAAUGAGUUAUGUGUGCAGCAUUUCACACAGACUACGUCGCUGUUCGUAAAAAGUUUGCCGUCCACGGACCUACGUAUUUUUAAAUGUUGGGGUUCCUUAGCUCCACCGACAUGGAUUCCAUUGAGUGCAAUCGGCUGCAAAUGUCUGAGAUUGCCGUGCGAUGAGUACAUUGUAUUUUACCCCAUCGUUCACAGCUGGCGGCACAAGGAUAUGAAGAAACAUCCGACGUAG